AUGUACGUCCGCCUUUGUGCCCUGGCUUUCGCAGCCAGCCUGCUCUCGUCGCCAGUCCUUGCCAUCACCACCGAUGAGAUCCCCUCCGAUACCCCUGUUUCCUCUCUCCUGGCCACCGCUCAGUCCCAUCUUUCCAAGGGUCAGACGUCCGAUGCUCUCGUAUACUACGAUGCCGCUGUUGCCCGCGAUCCCUCCAACUAUUUGACGCUGUUCAAGCGCGCGACGACAUAUCUCUCCCUCGGCCGCACCAACCAAGCCACCGACGAUUUUAAUAGAGUACUCUCGCUCAAGCCCGGCUUCGAGGGAGCGCAUGUGCAGCUGGCCAAGAUCAAGUCUAAGACCGCAGACUGGGAUGGCGCAAGAGAACAGUACAUCCUCGCCAGGAAGGACCCCACCUCGCCUGAACUCGUCGCUCUCGAUGAGGCCCAGGGUGCUGCCCGUCUCGCUGAGAUGGCCGAGAAGAGUGGUGACUGGGAGGCCUGCGUGGGGCAUGCUGGUGAAGCCAUUAUGACCGCCAACAGGGCUAUUUCCCUGCGUGAAAUGAGAUCGCGCUGUCGUUUCCAGCGCGGCGAGGUCGAGGAGGGUAUGGGCGACCUGCACCAUGUCCUGCAGAUGAGGCCCGGCGACACAUCGCCGCACAUCACAAUCGCCGCUAUUACCUUCUACGCACUUGGCGAUUUACAGAACGGCAUGGCCCAGACAAGAAAGUGCUUGCACUCUGAUCCCGACUCCAAGUCAUGCAGGAAACUUCUAAAGCAACAAAAAGCCAUUGAGAAAACUUUGGCCAGAGUCAACAAGGCGUUCGACAAGAACCAGCCCAUGACUGGUGUCAAGCUCCUGAUCGAUUCCGCUGACGAGACUGGCUUGAUCACUAAUAUCAAGAAACAAGUUGAAGACCUCAAGGCUGACGGUGCCAUCCCUUCUGCUGCCCAGUCAUCUCUGUACAUUCAGGUGGCGGAAAUGGUGUGCCAGGGCUACUACGAGAUGAACGGCAAGAAGGCCAAGCAGUACUGCGAAGAAGCUCUUACUCUCAAUCCCCAGUCAUUCUACGGUCUCCUACAUCGCGCCAAGAUCAUGAUGGAGAAGGAAGAGUUCGAUGCAGCCAUCAAAUCGCUCGAGGAAGCCAGCAGCAUCCGACCUGGCAAGAACGAUGUCGUUCAGCCCUUGAUGCAGAAGGCUCAGAUCGCGGCUAAGAGGAGCAAGACCAAGGACUACUACAAGGUACUCGGCGUGGCACAUGAUGCCGACGAACGACAGAUCAAGCAAGCCUACCGCAAGCUCUCCAAGAUCCACCACCCCGACAAGGCCGCCAAGCAGGGGCUGACCAAGGAGGCGGCCGAGAAGAAAAUGGCGGCCAUCAAUGAAGCCUACGAGGUGCUCAGCAAUCCGGAGCUCCGCGAGAGGUUCGACCGAGGCGACGACCCGAACAACCAGGAGCAAGGCAGUCCCUUCCAAGGCAAUCCAUUCGGCGGCGGCCACCCGUUCAUGUACCAACAGGGUGGCGGCGGGAGCCAGCAGUUCCACUUCAAGUUUGGGGGAGGUGGCGGCGGCUUCCCAUUCUGA